UCUUGUCGGAAUUGAGAAUAGUGAAAGAGAUAGUGUAAGGUUUCUGCUUCGUCUCAACUCAAGGUGCUAUUGUCACCUUCAAGUGAGGUUUGGCGAACACAUGCGCAGGGAGCAAUGCGGUGCCAACAAUCCCAACCCCGCAGCCAUGACAUGAGCUUCUAUGAGCACCCAUAGUUGCUUAUGUGGUAAUGUAGAGUGUGGGUAUAGAUCGCUUCGCACGAUAUCCGGCGCUUUGCGACGAGCCGAUCCACCUUUCAUUGUCCUGUCUGCAGGUACUCAUAUCGCCGGCAACAUUGCAGAGCUUGGACUUGUGCUUGAGAUAGUGCUUAAUUACAAUGAAUCUCAAAGUCUGCAUCAGGAUAAGCUAUCGUAUUGGUUGUCGCAUCUUCAUGCCGAUAUUGGAGAAGUCUUUGAAGUUGGGGGUCUAAUCACGCACGCAUCGAAGCAAGCUAUUAGUAGUCUUUGAGAGGU